UUUCCCCUCUAAUUAUUUUCUUUUAUGUUUUUUUUUUUCUGAUUUAAUACAAGUUUUUUUGUACUUUUCUAUAAAAGUACUUUUUUCUUCUUUCAAAUAUAUCCGCCAUUGAAGAACUUCUAGCUUCCCAUCUCCACCAACUUACUCUUAGUCUCGUUCUCCAGGUGUUCGUGUUUUGGUCAACGAUAAGUCAUAGUAUUUUCUUCAACUGAAGGUUUUUGAUUGUGAUUGUUAUAAAAUGGAAGUUGUUUAUAGUUUUAAACAGUCAAAUUUGAUAAAUGGUAUUGAGUGUAGAAGAUAUCAGUCUUUGGAGCCGAAAUUGGGGCUUAGGAUAAGUGGAUUGGGGUAUAAAUAUACAAUUAAUUUGAGGUGUGUUUCUAGAAUUUGUUCGAAGAGGAAUGUGAAGAGAAUUGAGUGUAUUAGUGGUUGUCUGACAACGAAGUUGCCGUCUGGGAGGGAUUUUGAAAAUCAUUUGCGGAGAUUAUCAUUGAGGAAAGACUUGGUAGGUGGCUUUAAUGAGAGGGAGUUUGAACCAGGGAGUUUUAGAGGGGUAGCGCGUUGUCAGGGUAAUGAUUCUGUAGUUUACCUUGAUGGAAAUGGUCGGAAUGUUGAGCUAGGAAAGGAUUCUGAGGAAGAAGGGUCAAUGGAAGAGGACACUCUUACCUUAGAGUUGAAUAGUUCUGGUGGAGAGACGGAUGAGAACGAAGAUGGUGAGGAGCAGGAUCCUACAUCGGAUGAGUUGAGAGAAUCAUUGCAGAAAGCAUUCAGGGAAUUGGAGGUUGCACGGAUGAAUAGCAGUAUGUUUGAGAAGAAGGCUCAGAACAUAUCGGAAGCUGCAUUUGCGUUAAAAGAUCAAGCAGAAAAUGCUAGGAUUGAUGUGGAUAAUGCGUUAAAAAUGAUUGAAGACCUGGUGAAUCAAGAGGUGAGUGCUAAGGAUGCUGUUCAGAAAGCUACGAUGGCUCUUUCUUUGGCAGAGGCAAGGCUUCAGGUGACUUUUGAAUCUAUAGAUGCUGUCAAGUCUGCUAGUGAUUCUGAAAGUGAAAGUGAGGAGGUAGUUGCAAACCUGUUAAGGCAAGAGGAGGAAAUCCUUGUACUUGCUCAGCAGGAGAUCAGAGAGUGUAGGUUAGCUUUGGAAAAUUGUGAAGCAGAGCUUACAAGGCUGCAGAGAAAGAAAGAAGAGAUGCAGAAAGAGGUAGAAAGAUUGAAUGAAGUUGCUGAGCUGGCACAGGUGAAUGCACUGAAAGCAGAAGAGGAUGUUGCCAACAUAAUGCUUUUAGCAGAGCAGGCUGUUGCUUUGGAGAUCCAGGCUGCACAGCGUGUGAAUGAUGCGGAAAUGGCCUUGCAGCGAGCUGAAAAGCUGCCUUCUGGCUCUCAAGCUGAUGUCAUGGACUCUACUGAUAGGAUACCGUCAUCUGAUGAUGCUUCUAUUCAGGAAGACUUUUCUGAUCAAGGAAUUCUGGGUGUUGAUGGAUUUGACAGUGAAAAAAACUUGAUAAAGGAAGGUGCAUCUUUGGAUAAGCCUUCAGAAAAAACUAGCCAGACUUCAAAUGACACUGCUCUGAUUGAGGAUUCAAGUAGUAAAGACAAUAGAAGACUACUUGUAGAAGUCACCAGAGAUGCUGAUACUGAUGCUGAAAAAGUGAAGAGUGCGGUACAAACCAAGAAGGUAGAGAUCCCAAAAGAAGUGUCCCGUGACAGUUCUCAUUCUAGUAGUCCAAAGGCAUCUGUGAAGAAAUCAUCUCGUUUCUUUUCUGCAUCAUUCUUCUCAUUUGAUGAUGAUGGGGAAGAGUUCACACCAAGCUCUGUUUUCCGUGGAAUUCUAGACUCUGCAAAGAAGCAAAUGCCAAAAUUGAUUGUUGGACUAUUACUCGCUGGUGCAGGGGUUGCAUAUUAUAUAAAUCGAGGUGAGAGAAUUUCUCAGCUGCUUCAGCCACAAGAUGUAAUAACUACCACUAUUGAAGAAGUCUCUUCAAGUGGACGACCGCUUAUUCAGAAAAUGCAGAAAAUUCCUAAGACCCUGAAGAAGCUAAUUGAUAGGCUUCCCCAUCAAGAGAUUAAUGAAGAGGAAGCUUCAUUGUUUGAUAUGUUAUGGUUAUUGCUGGCCAGUGUGAUAUUCGUACCUAUUUUCCAGAAAAUUCCUGGGGGCAGUCCUGUCCUUGGUUAUUUGGCUGCUGGUAUCUUAAUCGGUCCUUACGGUCUUUCAAUCAUUCGUCAUGUGCAUGGCACUAAAGCGAUUGCAGAAUUUGGAGUUGUGUUUUUACUGUUUAACAUUGGUCUAGAGCUUUCUGUGGAAAGAUUAAGCUCCAUGAAGAAGUAUGUUUUUGGUUUAGGUUCUGCCCAGGUGCUGACAACAGCUGCUGCAGUUGGCUUGGUGGCGCACUUUGUUUCAAAACAGGCAGGUCCUGCAGCAAUAGUAAUUGGGAAUGGCCUGGCCUUGUCGUCAACUGCUGUUGUCCUGCAGGUCUUGCAGGAGCGAGGUGAGAGCACUUCACGGCAUGGACGUGCUACGUUUUCAGUUUUACUAUUCCAGGAUUUAGCUGUGGUGGUUUUGCUGAUACUCAUACCUCUCAUUUCACCAAAUUCUUCUAAAGGCGGGAUUGGUUUCCAAGCUAUUGCUGAAGCCCUGGGAUUGGCUGCUGUUAAGGCAAUUGUUGCGAUUGCUGCUAUAGUUGCUGGUGGUCGCUUGCUUCUCCGCCCAAUCUACAGGCAAAUUGCCGAAAUGCAGAAUGCAGAAAUAUUUUCUGCCAACACACUUCUUGUUAUUCUUGGGACUAGUCUUCUUACAGCAAGGGCUGGUUUAUCCAUGGCAUUGGGGGCAUUUUUGGCUGGUUUGCUUCUUGCGGAAACUGAGUUUUCAUUGCAAGUUGAAUCAGAUAUUGCACCGUAUCGAGGCCUUCUUCUGGGUCUUUUCUUCAUGACGGUUGGGAUGUCUAUUGACCCAAAGCUCCUCCUCUCUAACUUCCCUGUUAUUAUGAGUUCAUUGGGUCUUCUAAUUGUGGGCAAGACUAUGCUGGUUACUUUAGUGGGUAGAAUUUUUGGUGUUUCAACAGUAUCCGCAAUCAGAACUGGUCUUCUUCUUGCUCCCGGAGGAGAAUUUGCAUUUGUGGCAUUUGGUGAAGCUGUGAACCAGGGCAUAAUGUCUCCUCAGUUGUCAUCGUUGAUGUUCCUUGUGGUAGGAAUUUCUAUGGCUCUUACGCCGUGGCUGGCUGCUGGUGGUCAGCUAAUCGCCUCUCGGUUUGAGCUGCAUGAUGUGCGAAGUUUAUUACCUGUUGAGAGUGAGACCGACGACUUGCAAGAUCAUAUUAUUCUUUGUGGAUUUGGACGUAUUGGCCAGAUCAUAGCUCAGCUCCUUUCAGAACGAUUGAUACCGUUUGUUGCUCUUGAUGUUAGAAGUGAUAGGGUGGCCAUGGGUCGUGCACUUGAUCUUCCUGUUUAUUUUGGUGAUGCUGGAAGUCGUGAGGUUCUUCAUAAAGUUGGGGCUGAAAGAGCUUGUGCUGCUGCAAUAACUUUGGACACUCCUGGUGCAAAUUAUAGAACUGUUUGGGCUUUGAGUAAAUAUUUUCCAAAUGUCAAAACAUUUGUUCGUGCCCAUGAUGUUGAUCAUGGCUUAAAUUUAGAGAAGGCCGGUGCAACUGCGGUUGUCCCCGAGACCUUGGAACCAAGUCUACAGCUGGCAGCUGCUGUUCUUGCACAGGCUAAACUUCCAAUGUCAGAGAUAACAAGUGCAAUCAAUGAGUUCAGAUCCCGUCACCUAUCAGAACUGACUGAGCUGUGUGAAGCUAGUGGAAGUUCUCUAGGUUACGGAUAUUCUCGUGUGAUGAGCAAACCAAAGUCUCAACCAGUGGACUCAUCAGAUGAUAGCCAACUUACUGAGGAUACACUGGCAAUUUGACACUGCAAGGAAAAUAAAGCAAACCACAUAAAAACUGUAUAUUUUGAUUACUAUCUCAAAUUAGCGCAAUUUGUAUAGAAAUUUUAGGCAGAAAACAUCAAGAUAAAACCCUUCUCUUCAUUGCUCAAAAUUUGUUUUUGUCUUUGAUCAAUGAUGACAAAGAUUCAUAUUUUUCUUUUGGGAAGGAAACUAAAAUUUUGACAUAUGUUCCUUAUAAUUCAAAAUUGAAGGAGCUUCUAUAA